AUGCUCACCACUGCUGGGAGGAACAGAUCAAGAUUCCACUUAUAUGUUGUAUCUAUUGCGUGUCAAACCGGAUUUUCCAUUAUUUUACCCCUUGUUCCUUUUGUUAAUGAAGUGCUGAACACGACGAGUCUUCAGUACUCUUUGACCUUCAGCGGCUACUAUCUGUCAAUGAUUUUAAGUUCCAUCAUAUUUGGCGCUCUUAGCGAUCGGAUUGGCAGAAGAAUGGCUAUUGUAGUGUCUCUAUUUGGACUGACGUUAGGGUCGGUUGUUUGCUACACUACGUCCAACGUGUAUGUUUUUAUUGCGGCUCGCGUCGCUACUGGCUUAAUGGAUAACAUGGUUGCUCUAGGUCAAGCCUAUAUGGCGGAUAUUACUCCUCUACGAGAGAGACCGAGAUAUUUUGCUCAGUUGGAGAGCGUGAUGAACUUUACGCAGUGCAUCGGUCCUUUAGUGGGAGGUAUUCUCUCCAAGGUUGACCUUUACAUUCCUCUAUAUCUUGCGAUCGUGCUCUACGCGUUUUCGUUCGUCUACGCCUUUUUCUUGCUCCCGGAAUCCGUUUAUUCUGUGGUCGAAAAGAAGGAAAUCCUCGCCACCUUCAACCGAGUCAACCAGAGCGACCGUGGCCGAACUUCGCUUCUCGAUAUGGAGGAAUCGCAGCGAAUUCAAGAGGAGUUUUUGAAGCAAAUGCGAAAGCAAGAAAUGGAGCGAAUGAAGAACGCGAAGCUCACAAUGAACUACCUGAUCGUGAUCGCGAUCAUCGGCGAGUUCUGCAACAAAUGGGUGUUCAGCAUCUUCGACACGGUGGUUUCCAUCUACGGCAUGGAGCACUUCCAGCUCGACGCCUUCAUGUUCGGCGUGAUGAGCUGCAUCGGCAGUCUCGUCAACAUGGUCCAGACCGGCUGGCUCUUCACCUUCCUCAUCCACAAGGACUUCUCCAUCCCCACCAUGGCGUCCUGGGCCGGCAUCGUAGGCGCGCUCGCCAUGUUCCUCUGCGUCGCGCAGGACAAAAACAUCUUCAUUCUCGGAGGCAUCGUCAUCAUCGUCGCCUACGGAUUCGCCGCCCCCGCUCCGCCAGCCAUCGUAUCGGUAGGGCUGAGGCCUGGGAUCGAGGGCAGGCGGAGAGUAACGACGACACACAAGGAAAGGCGCUGUCGCUGA